AUGGCUUCCAAGUGCCUCAAGGCCAGCUUUUCUUCAGGGUCUCUCAAAGGCCUGGGAGGGGCCCAUGGGGGCUCCACUCGUGUGUCCACCAUGUACUCCAGCAGCUCUUGCAAGCUCCCGAGCCUCUCCCGCGGGGCCCGGAGUUUCUCCACGCGCUCGGUGGGGCUGGGCAGGAGCAGCUGCAGGGCCGCCAGCUGCCUCCCUGUUCUCUGCUUCCCGUCCGGAGGCUUUGCCACCAGCUACAGUGUAAGCGGGGGCUGGUUUGGGGAGGGCAUCCUCACCGGCAGCGAGAAGGAGACCAUGCAGUUCCUGAACGACCGCCUGGCCAGCUACCUGGAGAAGGUGCGGCAGCUGGAGCAGGAGAACGCCAGCCUGGAGAGCCGCAUCCGCGAGUGGUGUGAGCAGCAGGAGCCCUACCUGUGCCCCGACUACCAGUCCUACUUCCGGACCAUCGAGGAGCUGCAGAAGAAGACCCUGUGCACCAAGGCAGAGAACGCCAGGCUGGUGGUUCAGAUCGACAAUGCCAAGCUGGCCGCGGACGACUUCAGGACCAAGUAUGAGAUGGAGGUAUCCAUGAGGCAGCUGGUGGAGUCAGACAUGAACAGCCUGCGCAGAAUCCUGGAUGACCUGACCCUGUGCAAGGCUGACCUGGAGGCCCAAGUGGAGUCCUUGAAGGAGGAGCUGCUCUGCCUCAAGAAGAGCCAUGAGGAGGAAGUGAACUCGCUGCGCUGCCAGCUUGGUGACCGGCUCAAUGUCGAGGUGGACGCUGCUCCACCUGUUGACCUCAAUCGCAUUCUGGAUGAGAUGAGGUGCCAGUACGAGACCCUGGUGGAGAAUAACCGCCGGGACGCUGAGGACUGGUUCAACACUCAGACCGAGGAGCUGAACCAACAGGUGGUGUCCAGCUCAGAGCAGCUGCAGACCUGCCAGGCAGAGAUCAUUGAGCUGAGACGCACGGUCAACGCCCUGGAGAUCGAGCUGCAGGCCCAGCAGAGCAUGAGAGAUGCUUUGGAAUCCACCCUGACGGAGACUGAGGCCCGCUACAGCGCCCAGCUGGCCCAGAUGCAGUGCAUGAUCACCAACGUGGAGGCCCAGCUGGCGGAGAUCCGGGCUGAGCUGGAGCGGCAGAACCAGGAGUACCAGGUGCUGCUGGACGUUCGGGCCCGGCUGGAGGGCGAGAUCAACACGUACCGGGGCCUGCUGGAGAGCGAGGACUGCAAGCUCCCCUGUAACCCAUGUGCUCCUGACCCGUCGCCCUCCAAGUCAUGCCUCCCCUGUCUUCCUGCAGCCUCCUGUGGUCCUGGUGCAGCCCGCACCACCUGCAGCCCCCGCCCCAUUUGUGUCCCCUGCCCGGGAGGCCGGUUCUGA